AUGAACAACCAGACUCCACUAGAUCCCCCCUACAUCGAGGGCUUGAAGCGGUUUUUGCUUCAUAUGCCGAUGAACAGCAACUAUGAACUAGACGAAGCGUCGAAGAAACUCCUACGAAAAAACCUCUGCCUGGCCAUUUCUUGUGGCGGCCAACACUACCAGAGCCUCUUUCCAAAGCUCUUUGCUGGAGACUUGCCGCUAAACGAAGCGUUGAGGAAACUUGACGAAGAAAUUAAUUGGCUGUUUGCAGAAUACGACACCUGCGUUCCGACUCCGGACAACUUUGUAGCAUCCGCCCAGAAGCCAUUUAGCCACCAACGUGAUCUGCCCUGCGCAAGGGUGUUUCGCAGAGGCGAGCCCAUUUUCAAGUGCUCGACAUGUGCUCUAGAUGAGACAUGUGCUUUGUGUGCCUUCUGUUAUCACCCCGACCAACACCAGGGUCAUGUAAUUAACGUCACAGUGUGUCAGAGAGAAAAUGGUGGUGUCUGUGAUUGCGGAGACCCUGAGGCAUGGGUACAUCAGUUCAAUUGUAGAGAUGGAAAGACACAAGAUUCAGAUUUCGAGGCAGUACGUGAAGUGCCCGAGGACUUCCACCAAGCUUUCGCGCGCACAAUUGAUAUUCUUUUAGAUUACAUCAUCGACGUAAUGUGUCAAAGUGAUUUGCAGUUUGAUUUCCCCUGGGAUAUGUCCUCGAGCCCAAAGAAGUACGCUGCAAGUAAUCCUCUAGAUCCGAAAAAGUACGGAUAUCCCCACGAGAAUUUCGAGCCUUGUGAAUUCGACCAACCCAGCGACAAGUUUAGUCUCAUAGCAUACAACAAUCAAGUUCAUCAUUUCCGUGAUGCAAUACAGCGAAUUCAUCUUGCAAGCAAGAAGCUUCCAGAGUUUGCAGUCAUGGUAGCGGACCAAAUCCAUCGUCAUGGAAGAGCAAGAGUCAUCCAAUCCAGAAACCUGGCUCUUCUUUUCGAGCGCCAGAAAAGUCUUAGCUCAACAGGUCUCAUUUCUUGCAUCAGGAAUGCUAGAGAUGAGUUCAGGGAGAAUAUGUGCCAUGAAAUACUCCUAUGGAUCGGAGGACUUGUCGAAAGAGAUGUAUUCAAAAGCAGUGACAACUUGAAGAACGCACUUUGCCAAUCUUUCUGCUCUCGUUGGGACAAAGGAAUCCCUCACGCUAAUUUCAAUGGGACCCAAGGACCGAAACGCGGUAAACUCGACGCAAAUUUCAACCUUCCGCGCGUCGAGCCAAUCAAUCCAAGUAAUCAAUCCGAUCAAAAAUGGUAUUUCAAUCCCGCCGAAAAAUGGGAUGUACCAUCUGAUUUGAGCGAACAAUGCCAAUACGAUCAAAAUAUACUGGACUACACUUCUCAGUUUUUUCAGGGUUCACGCUUCCAAUACAUGAUAUAUCUUGAUAUCAGAUUUUGGAAAUCAAUUCGAGUCGUUCUUCAUACAAUCUACUCGACCUCACUCAUUACAAAUCUUAAUUACAAAGCUGUUUUCUGCUGCCAGUAUGUGGACAUUUAUCCUGGAAUAGCUGACAUGUUCUUGGCUUUAGAUGGAGAACCCGAAGUGAAUAUAAUGAGCACCUUAUCAACUCAACUUUUCACGUGUCUUUCCAAUUCUACUCGAAUUAUAGAUAGGGGGGAGGCCUCUCGAAUUUUUGCCUCAAUUUUUAAUUUCCUUCGAACAGGCAAUGUACCAUAUAUGGAAACCCCUGUUAAGGACCAGUACAAAAUUUCUUUGACAAGUUUGAAAAACCGGAGAUGGGGUCAAAUUCUAUUUGAUAUUGGUUACAUUUUAGGAAGAGGAAGGGACAAAAAUCUCAUUUUAAAGGACACUUCAAUACCAAUGGUCUGUGAUAUUCUAACCCUAUUUCAAGGCAAACCGGUGAUGAUUCGUGAAAAAGAAAAUCAUAUUGAGUACGAAAGCUCGGACUACACAGCGUUUUUUCAAGCCGUACUGGUGAUCUAUCAAUUUGCCGAGUAUGUAGCACACGCCAUCACUAAUUUAACUCCAGAAUUGAGGCGUGAGACUGCUCUUUAUUCUAUCUCCUACGUUGUACAUCAAUUGAUCUCGAUUGAAAACAAAGAUCUCAUUCAGACGGCUCCAAUUGAUCAUAAUUCAACAGAUUAUGGCUGUGACUUUUCGAGCACAGAAGACUCUCUUGACAGAGCCAGCGCUGGAAAAGAGCUUAAGCAAAGUUUUCUCCACCCCUUGCAUUCUUUGUUGGGAUGGCUCAUUGAAUUCGCACGACUCGAUUCAAAGGACGACUUGUUGCGCGUGAUCAAUGAUGCCAUUGACGGCUUCAGAAGCAAGCACUCUACCUUCCAGUUUGAAAACUUAAAAAUGUCUUUAAUUUACCAAUACCCAAUUCGUACCAUUGUGCUUUCUUCCCAGAUUAAGUCAGGCUACUGGGUGAGAAAUGGUUUCAGCGUCAGAACUCAGUUGCAGCUCUACAAAAGCACGAACUUGAGGGACCAAGGAUAUUUGAGAGAUUUGUUCCUCAUUCAGACUUUCUUGUCAAUUGUCCCACCAGAAAUAAUUGUACCUGACAUUCUCAAACUAUGGUCAUUUUACGAAUGGGCAACAAAUGACCUGAUUAGUCCCAUGAUCUAUGAUGCUGACAUUUUUCCAUACAUGCUUGAGGAAUGCUUGAGCUCUUUUAUACAUAUACUCACAGAGGAUCUAUUUCUCAGAGGGGCCUCAAGUGAUGAGACAACACAGAAGAAGAUCCGCAAUGAGAUUAUUCACAAUUUGUGUUUUGGUCCUAUGUCAUUUUCAAAACUUUGCACUCAAAUUCCUGAGCAUAUUUCGGCCGACAAACGGUUUGAAGUAACCCUAGAAAAGCUAUCUACCUACAAAAAACCAAAGACCGCGAAGGAUACGGGAACUUAUACUCUCAAGGAAAGUUGUCUUGAAGAAAUCAACCCUUUCUACUUCAACUACAAUAUCAACAAAAAAGAUGAUGCUAUAAAGUUUGUCAAGGAAAGACUUCAAUUGACAAGCAAUAAACGCUAUCAUGACAUUGUUAUUGAGCCAAAGGUAAUGUCAAAAGAGAACCUCGGAAUGUAUGGGGGUAUUGGAAAUUUUACUACAUCGCCCUUGUUUGCUGUCUUCCUUAUCAAGAUCCUCCGAUUUGUGAAGAGUGUUGGUGCAAAUAAAAUGGAAGGUUUGAUUGAAACCAUCUUGCACCUCAUUCAUAUAUGUUGCAAAGAAAAAACCAUUACACAUCAUAUUUAUGGAUGUUUCUUUGACCAAUUUUGCCAAAAGUUCACCCAGUUCAAUACUUCAUUAGCUCAGGAGCUCUACCAGUUGCUAGAUAAUGAUACCUUCAAAAGUCAACAUUCCAAGUUAAGGGCUAUUUAUACUUCGUUUGAUCUCAAACAAACCUCAACUUUGAAUACAUUGGCGGGCUCUAUUGAUAAUUUCGAUGUCUCCAAAAUUAUGGUAUGUGCGAGUGACAUGACAUGCGAGAAUGAAGAUGACAGAAAAAAGCGCUUGGCGAAAGGAAGGCAACAAAAAUUGUUGGCUAAAUUCAAGAAGCAACAAUCCCUGUUCCUGAAAAUAAAUUCAGAGCAGUAUGAUGGUAGCGAUACCGAAAUGGCUGAUGCUGAACUGGAGGGAUGGCAGUUUCCCGAGACACAUUGCAUUGUUUGUCAAGAUACUGCGCAAGAGGCUGGCCCAUUUGGCUUACUUACGCAUAUUUCGAAAUCUUCUGAAUUCCGGAAAGUGCCCUUCAACAAUCAGUACUGGUUCCUCAAAGCGUUUUCCGAUAAUAGCAGUCUCAAUGUUCAUCCUGAAUUCGGGCAUAUCCCCGAAAAUGUCACCACGGGAUGGAAAGACUUCAUAACUCGUAUUGAAGAUGAGGCGAUAUUCGGACCAGGUUUCACGGAUCACGAAUGCAUAGAAAGAAAUGUCACUUCUGUUACUUGUGGCCACGGAAUGCAUUUUCUGUGCUAUCUUCAAUAUUUAUCAACUUGCAGACCUCGACUGAGUCAGCUCACACGAAAUCCACCUGAUGUUGUGGAGAAUAGAGAGUUUCUAUGUCCCUUGUGUAAAUCCUUGAACAAUAUGUUCAUUCCAUUGUUGUGGGCAAAUAACAAUAGGUCUAUGAAAGAGUUUGUCGAGAGAGGAAAUGAGGAUGUUGAACUUUCUGAAAUAUCCAUUCUGAGGAAUAUACAUCAAGAUGGUUGGUUCAAACGGUUCAUGGAAAACAAUACGGAUUCAGUCCGGAAAUUUCUGAUCCUCGCACCCUCUUCUAUCGAGAUGUUUAGAUCAAACUCUUUUAUGAGCAGCUCAGACGUUCAAAAUGAUUUCCGACUCUUGAUCACAAACAUGUACAAAUUGUUAGCCAUGCUAAGCUUUCCAGUGGAUUUUGAGAUCGAAAACCCAGUCGUAUUCGUCAACAGCUUAAAAUUCGCGGAAAUUUCUUUGAGAGGUUUAGACACAAAUGACAUAAGUGUUAUCAACCAGCUUUCAAACAAUACAUUGAUCAAUUUAAGAGUCUUCAAUGAAUUCCGACUUACAUUAAUGGAAAUGGAGGUCAACAAUUGGACUACACAACCUACCAACAGUGCUGAAUUUCAUCUCAAGCAGCUAUCGCAUUUGCAAAUGUUGUCAGCUGAUCAUCUUAAUGAGACGAUCCUUUGCGGGGACUUCCUUGAGGUGUUGGUGAAUUGCAUCCCAAUUCGUGUCGCUGGAAUAAGUUUCAACUCAAUUUUGAGAAUUUGCUUCUCUGGCCUUAUCAUUCAGACGGCGAACAUCCUUUUCUCCCAAAUAGUCGCCAACAACUUUUUCGAGAACGAGAAUUUUAAUAUCCUAGAUGUUCCUGUGUCAGAGGUUAUCUCAGAUCGUGAAGCACACGCAGCCAGCUCACUAUUCAUGAAUUUGCAGCAGGCCAAAUCCAGUUCCGUUCGUAACAAUUCCAUCGCGAAUGAUGAGCGGUUUGGUUAUGUGUUUUAUUCGAUGCUUCUCAAAUCCGUCACCCCCUUCCUAAGACAGGCGUUGAUAUAUGUUUAUGUUUGUUGUGCUGAUGUUGAGGGAGUUGAUUUCUCAAACACAGAUAUGAUCUUCGAGGCAGAUCAGAUUUGCCAGAUCUUGAACAUUCCAACAUUGAAUUCAAUGCUUACGGUUAUGACAGCCAACAAUUCUUCCCAAACUGAAGAAAAUCAUAUGAUGCAGAGUUUCUUGACAUUUCUCAAAAAUUCGGAAGAGCCAGAGGAUCCUCUCAUUAAAACCUCUCUCGAUUAUCCAGGUCAUGUGAGACUAAUCAAUCUUCCAACCCGUUUGGACCGGUUCUUUACAGAAUAUUACUACCUGGAAAAGUAUCAAAACCCACAUCUAACUAUCGAGAACCCCGCAUUAUGCAUGUAUUGUGCUUCUGUUGUUGAUGUGCAAAAAGGUGCAAUUGACUCAACAUAUGGGCAAUGUAGUGCGCAUUUUGCAAGUGAAUGCAAUAAUAGUGUUGGAAUAUUUCUUUUGCCGAAGGAGAGAAGUCUUGUGUUGUUGCAUAGAAAUGGUGGCUCAUUUUUCGAUGCACCUUACCUUGAUCAGCAUGGUGAAUUAUCAGGAGAAAACAAGAAAGGUAAGACUGCGCAUCUACUGAAAGAACGAUACGAAGAUUUCACAAGAAACAUGUGGCUCAUGCAUAAUAUACCGAACUACAUAGCUAGAAGAUUGGAUAGCACUAUUGACGCUGGAGGUUGGGAAACUCUCUAG